AAGAGCGGUGUUCGGCAACCGGAGCCACACUUCCGCAAAGUGCACUCGGAGCGGAGACCUCGGGACUGCAAGCAGAGUCGGUGCGGGUGCGACGGGCGAUGACGGCGGGGCAGUUGCUGGUUCUCCUGGCGGCGGUGGUGGCUCAGGUGGCCGGUGAAUGUGGCAAACCUCCAACUUUGGAAAAUGGUACACCAAGGGAUCAAGUGAAUGCGACCUCUCCGGUGGGUACCAGAGUCUUUUACACAUGUCUCCCUGGAUACAUGUUUCAGGACUUCAGUAUUCGAUGGAUUAUUUGUCAGGACAACUCGAUGUGGAGUCCGCUACAGGCAACGUGUAAUCCAAGGUCCUGUGGUAGUCCAGGUGAAAUUCUGAAUGGAGGUUACAAUGCAACAACAGGUAACACCUUCGGAAGUACAGUCCACUUCUACUGCGACAAAGGAUUCAAGUUGGUAGGCCGUGACACUCGGCAGUGUGAUGUUGAUGGCUGGACUGGCCAGGUGCCCACGUGUGAAGUUGUAAAAUGUCCAGAUCCUCCAACUAUCGCUAAUGGGACAGUUUCAGAACUUGACAACCGAGAAUUCUGGGAAUAUGGAGUGGUUGCAUCGUAUUCCUGUGUACCUGGUCUGAUACUGGUUGGUGCAGCAAAGAUUACUUGUGAAGCAAAUGGAAAAUGGAGUCCCAGCCCACCAACAUGCAGAGCUGCAAGUAUCAAUAUAACUUCUACACCAGCAACUGGAAGUAACAACACAACAGCGAUGCAAAAUACCACAACAGCUACUACUGGUGGAUCUGUCGGAACAAGUGUUGCUGCAAGUAUCAAUAUAACUUCUACACCAGCAACUGGAAGUAACAACACAACAGCGAUGCAAAAUACCACAACAGCUACUACUGGUGGAUCUGUCGGAACAAGUGUUGGCAACUGUGGACCCCCUCCAAAUUUGGAAAACGGUUCCGUAUCAGAUGAAUACAGUCAUGAGGUUUCAUUUGCUCCAAAUACGGAAAUUACUUAUAGAUGUCAUCCAGGUUACCAGUUCCAGGAAGGGAGUUCAAGAACUCUUCUCUGCAGAGCCGAUUCGUCUUGGUCACCUCUGCAGACACGUUGUUUACCAAAGAGCUGUGGUAGUCCUGGCGACAUUUUAAAUGGAUAUUAUGAGGCAGAAGCUGUUACUUUUGGAAGCAAAGUUAAAUUCUUUUGUGAUACAGGGUACAUGAUUGUUGGUAGAUCAUACCGGUUGUGUUUAGCCAGUGGAUGGGAUGGCCAGGUUCCAACAUGUGAAACUAUCAAAUGUCCUGACCUUCCAAGCAUUGAUAAUGGAUUAACACCAUCACCACCUCAAGGAGGAUUCUGGGAAUAUGGAAUGGUUGCAAAGUUUUCGUGUAUUAAUGAUUUCUCAUUAAUUGGUUCAAGUUCUCUUAUAUGUGGGACAACUGGACAAUGGAACAAGAAUAUUCCAACAUGCAAAGUUGUUAGGUGUUUUCGUCCAGAAACACCAGAAAAUGGCCAGGUAUAUGUAGGAUUUUCAGUCGUACACAAAUUUGGUGAUGCAGUUGUCUACAAAUGUAAUCCAGGAUUUGUAAUGAUUGGAGAUUCUACAAUUUAUUGUAUGGAAAAUAACAAUUUUGAGCCACCACCACCUAUAUGCAGAAAUGCAUCUGAGAUUACUCCUACAACUGCAAUUACCACUACUUCAGCAGGUAGUCAAGUAGGAAGGAAUAUUGGUCAGCAGUAUGGAUUGCUCAUCAUCCUAGUGUAUGUAAACACACAAUGAAUUGCAAGCAACAGAGAUCUGGUUGAGGACCAGCGCUGAAAGGUGCCAUUUCUGUGUUGGGCUCAGUUUACCACCUCAAGCCAUUAACGAUGUGGAUACACUUUCAGAUAAAGAAGUUGCUUUUAGAAGUGUUUUCCUGCAGAAAUAAAAUCCUAAUUUUGGCUUAAUUUUUAUUUAAAAGCUGUUAUAUAGAGUGUAAUUUUUUUUAUUAUGAAGCAUUAUUGAGAUGGGAUACACAAGAACAAUGCAAGUAAUUUAAAUAUGAAUUUGAC